CAUUCAUCAGUAAUUCGUGAGUUACGAGAGGAAUAUAAACAGUAUUUUGUUCUUUGUGAAAUCCUGGAGUAUUUCGUCCGAAAAAAUGUUGCGUUACUCCCUUAUAUUGUUAUUAGUAAAUAUUUACGGUCGUAGUUUGGGAGGACCUGUACCAAAGCAAAACAGUAACGGUAAAAUAUUGAUAAGUAACCUGCUGAAUGACCUCAGCAAACAAUGCAAAAACGAGUUCGUACUGAGCCAAAUUGAGAGCAAAAACAUCACAUGCGAUGUAGAAAUGAACUAUCACAUUGAUAAUUUACAAUGUUUGAUGUUUUAUGACUCUAACCGUCUCCUGUGUAACCUUACUGCACUGAGUACUGCUAACCUCGCAACAGAUUUUAAGGCUAAAAUUAACGAAAAACAAAACGUCUCCGCUUUCUGCAGCGAAGCCUCGCAUUUCACCAUUCCUUCAACAUCCUACCAAGGUAUGCUUACUAUGGUGUUCCGAAGUUCCGAUGACUGUAAAAGAGUUUGCACUGAUGAUGACAUAAGAACUGGUGAUACACACUUCUUCUGCAAAUAUUACAAGUGGUCAUUGUUGAAUCUCCAAGUACCAAGCUUUGUUCAGGGAUCUGUACCUACUGUUUCUGCUGGUUCAGGACCACCAGGUGAUUUACACAAAAAUGAUGCAACAGCAAUUCAGGGAAUGCAACAGUCAGAUGGACAAGUUAAAAAGACUUCAGAUACUGUAGAUACUAAUACGCAGUUUGUAAAAGCUGGGGAAACAAAUCAACACACAUCCGAAGUGGCCAAACCAGAGUCCUCUUCGGCAAUACAGUUGACUGUUUCACAAAAUCCAGGAAGUCUUAAUUUGCCAAGUAAUGAAAAUGGUAGUAAGACGAGCACUCAAAAACCUGUAGAUAAUGAAGAAACAGCAGACAAAGCAGAAGACGCGAAUCGUGGUGACUCAGUUGUGGAACCAAUUGAUGCUGGAAAUGAAGGUGGCAUUGAGAACAAUCCUGGAGAGAUUAAGGAUCCGGAUGUUUCAAUGCAACAAAUUGAGACUCCUAAACAUAAGAUAGUCUUGGAAAAUGAAGAUACUGAUGACACUGGAAUGGACAUGGAUGAAGAUGAAAAAGACGCCAGUGAUGACGGAGAUGACACAAUUGUUGGAGAUUUGGAAGUGAAACAAGAACAGGAAGCUAGCUCACAUAAAAGAAUCGAAACCCAGGUGUCCUUGAAUGGAGACGGGGCGCAAAGGGAGUUUUUCCAAAAUCCUGAUGGGUUUACAGAAGAUGACGACCAUUUCUUCCCCUUCUUCAUGACCGCCGUGAUAGUCGUUGUGGUGUUGUACGUCUUGUACCACAAUAAGAACAAAGUAGGAAAAAUGUUCUUCGGUCUAAUAGUGGAGGGUCGGCAGCCGGGCCGCCGUCGCAACAGCCGCGGCCACGCCUACCGCCGCCUCGACACCCUCGAGCAGGCUAUGAGCGCCAACACCCCUGCGCCGCCCAGCAAAAUCAUCUACUGAACCCUCUAGUCUCCUUUAAAUUGAAAGGUGUGAGUAGGUACCUAUACAUUGAUAUACUACCCGUGGUACCACCCGUAAAGUUUGGCCCGGAGGGCCUACCGCCACCGCCAACAUCGAAAUGACGAAAAUCGUUAUCGUCUACACUAUUGCUUGAAUAUGUAAGAGCGAUAGAGAUGCAGAUAAUGACUUUUCGGCGGUAGUUCCUUAGAAUUCACGCCAUGAGUCUUUUUAUAAAGCGUACCUUUCCAGAGUAACCCGAGGAAGGCGUUUCAUGGCAGAUUUGGGGCUCACGUCUGGUUGCUGGACUUAAGUGAAGGGGUCGAUUAUACCAAGUGGCUUUGAGCUAUCCAUUAUCUCUAGCGCUAAACAUCUAAGCAUAUUCAAACAUAUUCGGGAAUUCCGACUUCCAAUAAAAGAUUACUCUUACGCAAAUAGCGUUGGGAUGAAAUGCUUCAAUGUCGACAAUAUUUCAGUAGCGGCAUUUUGCGCCACGGUGAAUCAUUUAGAAUUAUAAGUCAUUAUGUAUUACAUAUGGCAACUUUGUUGUUAGUAUUUUUCUUUCGAAUUACAUAUUUGUUUUUCACGUACCUAAUAUAAAUGUAAUAAUAAUCACAUGUUAAAAUUACAAUUUCAUAGAAACUUCUUAAAUUGUAGAUGUGUAUACAUCAAAGUGUAAUAAUUCAGAAAGUACAAUAGGUAUGUAACGUAGGUAUGCCUUCAUUAUUUAAUGCUUUCAUUACGUUCAUAACUGUGAUGUCUUUUGGUAUUUUUUUUAGAGAUUCGUUAUAGAAGAAUAGUAAUGUAGCUUACAUUUAUAUAUCCUUCACCAUGUCAACCUAAAAUGUGUCAUGUCAUAAUCAUGUAAAAAGUAUCGUUUCGGAUCGCAUAUGUAUUAUUUAAAUAUGUAGAAUGAUUUUCCUGUACACUUAUUUUCAAUUCCUAAAUUAAAAUUAGUCUGUGUUUAUUAAAAAUAUUAUCCCAUUUAGUAUGGUAGAAACAGGUUUAUUCAUCGUGUUCGAUGUAUAAUUAAUACGGUAGGUACUAUGUGUUUGCUGUACUGAAAGAGUUAAUUUUAUAUUCAAUUACAUGUCAUUCAAACAAAAAAGUAUUUACUAUAAAUUAUUUUACUGAAACCUAUCCAUACUAGCAUCUCGGAAAUUCUAGUGUAGGUGACAAAACAAGGCUUAAAAACAGUGUCUGCGACGCAUGUGAGAGAGCGCAAACAAACAACCAUAACCAAACUAUAAAAUAGAUGUGUAAAGUCGAAAAAGACUUACUGCCUUCGCACGUUUUUACUUAAUUAUGUUGUCUAUGAUAAAAUCUAUAAGUAAACGUAAGCUAUCGAGCAUAUUGUUGUAGUUUCUUCUUCUAUGCUUGCCAUAGAACAAGUUUAAACUCUUAUUUUUUUCAAGCAGAAACGUCUGCGAGCGAUACUACAAAUGUUUAUAUCAAAGGAAAAAAAAUGGAAUGAUUGAAGUGAACUAUUCCAUUUUUCCUAAAAAUUUUAAGUUUAACUUUUACUUAUUUAUCUUUUGCUUGUUUGGCAUUUGUUUCUGUUGGACAGAAAUCGAAAAAAGUAUCAUCUUUCAUUAAUUAUCACCACAUUUGCACAAACACUUUUAUACAUAUAAUAUAAUGCACUGACAAUUUAGGUUGUGAUAGCAGCAAUACAGUAGGUAAUUAUAAUUUAGCCUUACAGUGUGUGUGCAAUUAUAGUCCAUUAUGGUUUGCGAAUAGGCGUAAGUUAUUAAUUAUUAUUAAUAAUUAAAUUUUGUAAACUUAUGACGCCCUUAACGAAUAAUACUCGUUUGUUUCAAUGUAGGUAGCCUAGAAUGUUUUAUCUAUUGUUUUAUGUUUUUAUUUCAGAAUAGUAUGAACUUGACGGUCGUAACAUAAUAGAAAAGUCGCUCCGUAAGAGAUAUAUUUUGUACUGUACUUAUUUGCUAUAUUUUUGAGCCCAAACCUUAUUUACGUUUAAACGGAUUUAUUUUUGUUCUAAUGACAUGUAAAUAGUUUAAGUAUUUAUUUAAGCCCAUUAAGGCACUUAAAGUAGUUUUUAAUAUGUUUGUAAUUUUU